GCUUCCGGCCCCGCCCCGCGGCGUUCGGCGCUGGCUUCCGGCCGGCCGUGCCGGAUCGGGCAUAGGCUGGCAGCGGCUCGGUGGGCCAUGGGGUCGCGGCCGGGCUAGGGCGCGGCGAUGUCGGGCUACGCGCGGCGUCCGGGCGCGCCCCCACUAUCGAGGACGCGGAGCCUCGUGGUUCCCGACGCUCCUGCGUUCUAUGAGCGCCGGUCUUGUCUCCCCCAGCUAGACUGUGAGCGCCCCCAUGGCGGGGAUCUGCACCCCCACCUCUUCGGCUUUCGGCCGACGUUUAUGUGCUAUGUGCCCAGCCCGGUGCUGGCUUCGGUAGGAGACACAGAUUUUGGCUAUGGAAAGGGGAAAUGUACUAAGCAAGGUCCAUCGGGAGCCCAUGAGACGCGCUUUGGAGGUGACAAACUUGAAGACCUUGAAGAAGCCAAUCCGUUUUCCUUCAAAGAGUUUCUGAAAACCAAGAACCUCAGCCUGUCAAAAGAAGACACGACCAACAGUCGAAUUUACCCGAAGGAAGCCUCGAGGCACCCACUGGGACUAGACCACAGCUCCCCCGCCUCCCAGCCCGUGGGGUAUGGCCUGGAAUAUCAGCAGCCGUUUUUUGAAGACCCAACAAGAGCCAGCAACCUGGAGGACGAUGAGGAAGAAGAUGAAUGGAAUGAAGCCUACUUACCAUCUGCUGUGGAGCAGACUCAUUCCUCUAGGGCCACAGAGAAUUCAUCGCCCUGUGGCACCUACCUUUCCUUUUUUUCCAACGCGUCAGAGCUGGCAGGUCCUGAGUCGUUGCCCCCAUGGACGCUAAGUGACACUGACUCAAGGGUCUCCCCAGCAUCUCCAGCUGGGAGUCCUAACACAGACUUUGCAGCUCAUGGAGAGUCCCUGGGAGACAGACACCUUCGGACGCUGCAGAUAAGUUACGAAGCACUGAAAGAUGAAAAUUCUAAGCUCAGAAGAAAGCUAAAUGAGGUUCAGAGCUUCUCUGAAACUCAAACAGAAAUGGUGAGGACGCUUGAGCGAAAGUUGGAAGCGAAGAUGAUCAAGGAGGAGAGCGACUUCCAUGACCUGGAGUCGGUGGUCCAGCAAGUCGAACAGAACCUCGAACUAAUGACCAAACGGGCUGUGAAAGCAGAAAAUCAUGUCAUGAAGCUGAAACAGGAAAUAAAUUUGCUCCAGGCACAGCUGUCCAACUUCAAGCGAGAGAAUGAAGCCCUCCGGUCAGGCCAGGGUGCUAGCCUUACAGUGGUGAAGCAAAACACCGAUGUGGCCUUGCAGAACCUCCAUGUUGUCAUGAACAGUGCACACGCAUCCAUAAAGCAGCUGGUGUCUGGAGCAGAGACCCUGAACCUUGUUGCUGAAAUCCUCAAGUCCAUCGACAGAAUCACUGAAGUUAAGGAUGAGGCGGACUCUUGAGAACCACUGGCUGCCACCACUUCCCACCACCUCUGCAUCACCGUCACCACCAUGUCUUCCAGUGUGCCCCAACUGUGCAGUCUUCCCCAGAGCAUUUCACAGCCUAAGCGGUGUUACCGUAGACCACCUGCAGGAUGGGCUCCUUUCCACCAGCUGCACCUAAUAGUUUACAAAGUCCCACUGUUGAUAGACUCACUGAUUUACUGGAAGGCAUUUUAUAAAAUCCAGCAAUUUUCAGAAUUCACUAAAGCUGCAAAUAGCACUUUUGUAAGAAGCUUCUUCCACUAUCCUCUCAAAUUCAGCUGUAGGAUAAACUCAGGCUCAGCCUCAACUUUGUUAAGCUGAACACUAAGUGAGCCAGUGUGGAAGUGAGCAGCCUGUACAGGGACUUGUGCCUUUUUUCUGUCAUUCAGUGCCUCACUGGCUGACGGUUGACGCUGUAGCCUUCACGGGGUGGCCCCCAGUCAGCCUCAGCAAGGCAGCACCACUGGGCAGAUAGUGUCCUCCCACCAGAGUCACAGAUGUCCUCAUUGCAAAGCUUUGUAAACUCACUGCUGUGAGCCUUUAGCUUUGCAAAGCCAUUUGGGGCUGUCAGUUUUGAUGCAUGUUAUGUGUCAAUGAGCCUUUUGCACAGUGCAGUUCAGACUGAAAUUUAAAGGGUACAUACACCCUGGGGAGUCAACACCAGGUCUCUGGGCUGUCUGACAGAUUUUUCAAGGACACGCAAGGCAUAAUCAGCACCCUGUGAUGUGCUGAGGGGUGGGGGUUUGGGGACCAUUUUCCUAUAGAUUUUUUUAAUUUUCCUUUUCCCCUCCUGUUCAGAUCGACAGCUUCCUUGUCUAAAUAAAUCCUGAAGAUCA